GUGAUUUUAGUGAAUGUCACUUUUUGUCAUUUUCAAAUUUCCCGCUGUUCCGUCCCCCGUACGUCCCGACGCACGAAGGGGGACGGAACCCAGAUGACAGAUGACGGCAUCCGCCGGAUUAUAUUGCUGGGGACACUGCAGGGGGGACAUCGCGGGAGCGCAGGACAAGGUAAGUGAUCGAGGGAUCCCGGAGCAGCGCCGCAUGGUAAGCCCGAGUGUAGCUCGGGGUUACUGCUUGUGGUACUGAAACUUUACCCCGAGCUACACUCGGGAAUACCGCCAGGGAGACACAAAUGGACACUACGGGGUUGAUUUACUAAAACUAGAGAGUGCAAAAUCUGGUGCAGCUCUGCAUAGAAACCAAUCAGCUUCCAGGUUUUUUUUGUCAAAGCUUAAUUGAGCAAAAGAAAGUUAGAAGCUGAUUGGCUACCAU